AUGAUUCAGGCUAUACGAAGUGUCGAUUUUGUGUCAGAAAAUACGAUCAAAUGUGAAUAUUAUGAAUCCAUCAAAAAGGAUGGUAAAAUAGAAGAUGUCUAUGAUUUUAUAGCCAAUGAACUAUCACCAUUUCACAUUGCCAAUCAAGUAGAGCUGCUUAAGCUAAACAAAAAGAGGUUGCCUAUUUCAUUUAUCUCUGAGAAUUACAAUGCAGUGGUAUUGAAAUAUGAACAUCAAGGUAAGAAAUUGGCUAUAAAAUACGUAAAACAUAGAAGAAUAGACAGCAAUCAUCCAAACGAAUUGCACUGUACCAAAAAGAUGCAAGAGAAAGAAUACAAGAACCUGGUUAGAAUUUACCAUGUAGAAACAAGAGGAAUCACGCAUACAAAAUACAAUCAUGUAGUAAUUUACGCAAUGGAGUAUUUAAAUACGAAUGUAAAUGGAUACUGCUACAAUGAUGAAAAGAGAAUUGUUGAGUAUACAAAGGACAUAUUGACUGGAUUGAACAACCUAUAUGAGGAAAAAUGGGUUCAUCUAGAUCUCAAACCAUACAAUACAGCUGCAAAAGUAACAAAAAACGAGCGGAUAUACAAAAUAAUUGAUUACGGAAAUGCAAUGAAAAUACCUGAAAAAGAAACAAGAAUUUAUACAGGGAAAGGAUAUGGAACACCAGGCUAUAUGGAUCCACAAUCUCAGUUAAAGGGUGAGUAUGGCCAUUAUUGUGACAUAUGGGCAUUGGGUGUUUCAUUGUUAGAUUUAGGAAUACUGAAUAGCAGAAGUACUGAGAAUGAAGUAUUCAAAAUACUGGAGCAAAAGGAGAAUACCAAGAAGUUCCAUGAAUUCAUUCGUUUUAGGAAACGGGUUUCAAUAGAAUGCAGGCAUUUUGUGUGGAUGUGCAUGCAAGAAAAUGAGAGAGAAAGACCAAGUGCAAGUGAGNCAAGAAUUUAUACAGGGAAAGGAUAUGGAACACCAGGCUAUAUGGAUCCACAAUCUCAGUUAAAGGGUGAGUAUGGCCAUUAUUGUGACAUAUGGGCAUUGGGUGUUUCAUUGUUAGAUUUAGGAAUACUGAAUAGCAGAAGUACUGAGAAUGAAGUAUUCAAAAUACUGGAGCAAAAGGAGAAUACCAAGAAGUUCCAUGAAUUCAUUCGUUUUAGGAAACGGGUUUCAAUAGAAUGCAGGCAUUUUGUGUGGAUGUGCAUGCAAGAAAAUGAGAGAGAAAGACCAAGUGCAAGUGAGCUGUUAGAACAUCCAUUUAUUACGAAUAAGAAAUUGGAAAAUAUUGAAAUGCACAUAACUCACAUGCUUAAAAUAUGUGAAUAA